AUCAUAAAUGCAUGCGAUAUGAAACAUGUUUUGGUAAAACAAUAAAUUGUUACCUUCCUCCGCAACUUAAAUUUGUAUAAAUCUAACACUCUUCAGAUGCUUUUUCGCAGUUACUUGGAUAAUUUUCAGGACGCUAAUCACUCUGCUCAAGAUUAUAAGUAUCAUGGGUCUGCAAACAUUGGAAUGCGUAUUUAUUGUCAUCUGCAUGAUGAGUGUAUGCAUAGUAAAAAGCGAAAGUGAAAUGGAAGUGUCUACCUUGUCUUAUAAUGGAGUGAAUGUAGUUCUUAACAAAACAGAAGACGGCAUGCGCAUCCUUAUAGACAUAAACCAAUGCGAAAAAGACAUAACAGAACAAGACUGUCUUAAAAUACUUCCAAGAUCGAACGACACGGUACAUUGUCCUUUCAAUACAACAGACCUGUGUGGACUAAUAGUUGGGACCGGAUUCGAUACAUGGGGUGAAUGGGGCUCAUGUUCCGUGACAUGUGGUGCUAUCGGUUUCCAGUUCAGAACAAGAGCAUGUGUUCCUAAAAAUGAAAACCCAUGCGCGUGCAAAGGACUUGCAGUAGAAAGUCAAGCAUGCCACCUUGGUACAUGUCCACCGACUGACAUAGUACUUUUGCGGUUCAACGCUGAAGGAACAGUUCCUCGGUCAAGCUUUCCAGAUGCCUGGUAUUACGGAAAUGGAACUACCGAUAAUGCUUCUUGUAUUGCCACAGUGUGUAACAAUCACUAUCGACUCCCUGGGGUUGACACAUGGAACCCACAUCUAUUAACGAUCAGCAUGAAGGUUAUCUUCAAUGGUACUGAAUUGACGCUGAUGACUUUCAAUGUGACUGGUUCUUUCGCCGACACGUGGUAUCAACAAGAACGACUGAUAAGCGCUCGUUGGAAUGGGAUGCUUCAAGUGCCGCAAACCAUUUUUAACAUAUCGGAGGUCAGCGACUUGAUCGCAACUAGUGGGUGUAAAAAGACAUAUUUUAGGAUUGCUAAAAGUAUCCCGGGUUGUGAAGGCGAGGCUAGCUUAAAUGCAACGUUAAACGAAGCCAUCUGGUUCGUUCUGGAAGUUGAUGCACUCCAACAGAUCAAUUUAAUCCUCCGGAAGGCUGAGGCGCUGAUCAUCGUUGGAAGCACCCUUUGAACGCACACACAAACAAAUAAACUUGCACACAACGUCUCCCUAUUUAUUUUAAAUUAAUACACUACUAUAUUGCUCGUCAAGGGAGUAACUGCAGUUACGAUGUGAUGCGUGCAAAUUUUCUUUUUCUGAUUUAAAUAAUUGGUAUAUGUGUUUUCUUUUUUUCAUUUUUGUCAUUGAGAUAUGUGCAUAUAUAUCCAGGCAUUAUUAAGGCGAAUCGACUGGUCCAAAAAGCAAUUAUCAUUUAGUGUUCGAAAUUAUAUUUUGUCCAAUUCUUCAAAUCAGCCGUUAUUGAUAUUAAUCAGGUGAAUUUGUUGAAUGAAACAGAGGCUUGGUCAGUAGACAAACAAAAGGUUGUUCAAAUAAGUAUUUACCAUUCAUAAAUGCAUACUUAUAACAAAUAAUUGGAAUAUUUCGAAACUCGUUUUGGCGAGGUUAUACAGUCAAUCCGCUGGAUGUUGCAACCAUGUGGCAUGAUUAGUCUUCCACAUUCAAUUAAAGCAAUCUGACUACAUGCAUGUAAUUAUAACGUAAGGAGUAAAGCCACACCGUUUUCAGACUUUAAACACUGGGACGAAUGGUACACAAAGAAUAUAGUGGACUUCACUGUUACAAAAAAAGACUGGGAAAGUAUAUCAGUACAUACUUACAUUGCUGCAUCUUAUUCUCUGACGGCGUAUAUACCUACAAUGCGUGUGAUUGAAAAUUAUUGGCAAAUAUGUAUGAAUGGGACGAUAGAGUGUUACUGUGUGUCAACAAGGGUUUUGGACCAUGAAUUUGUGAUAUGAUAUGUGCCUCAAUUAAUUCAAGCCGUAUUAAAAAUUAAUCCAAGCCGUAUUAAAAGUUCCGUAUCA